GUUGGGGGAGCCUGACACUGGAUUGGUGACUGAGACCUGACCUCUGACCCCUGCAUCUUGAGCCCCUCCCCCACACCACAGUGACCUCACAAAAGUCACCAGCUUCUCCCCCAGGCCGCGACCCUCUGCCAUGGCCUGGCUGGCCCCUUGGAGCGCCAUCCUGCCCUCCCUGGCGGCCCUCGUGGUCUUCGAUGCCUCGGCCUGGGCCUGUCUCCUCUGCUUCACGUCUUACGAGGAGCGCCUCCAGAUUUGCCAGAUCUUCGCCGGCCUGGACAGCCCCGACCUCGGGAAGUGUGAGGAGGCCUUCGAAGACGCCUUUAAGGGGCUGCUGGACACUGAGAUCAACUACGAGGAGAGGGGCCAGCUGCACGAUGCCUUCACCCAGAUGACCCACUCCCUACAGGAGAUGGCCGCCGCCCAGGGGUCCUUUCGGGUUGCCUUUCUUCAUGCUGCGGAGAAAAUGCAGAAGAUUAUAUUACAGCUUAAGGAAGUGCAGGCCUGCAUUCCUCCCUGCGGGCUCCAGGAGGUCACCCGGCGUUUCCGCUGCCGCGGAUGCUACUCCAAGGUCUGCGAUCUCCCGCUUGACUGCCCAGUUCAGGAGCUGACGGUGACUCGGGGUCGUCAGGCCAUGUUCUCUUGCACUGUGAACUUCCAGCUGCCUAAGGAAGAGAUCACCUAUUCCUGGAAGUUCGCAGGAGGUGGACUCCGGACUCAGGACCCGACCUACUUCCGAGAUAUUCCGCGGGCCCAAGGUUACCUGGCGCGGAUCCGGCCGGUGCAGCCCACGCACCGCGGGACCUUCUCUUGCGUGAUCACGCACGACCAGCGCCCCCUGGCGCGGCUCUACUUCUUUCUUAACGUGACGGGCCCGCCCCCGCGCGGGGAGACCGAGCUCCAGGUCUCUUUUCGGGAAGUGUUGCGGUGGGUGCCGCAGGAGGCGGAGACGAUCGAACCCUGGAGGCCCAGCCUGGGCGAGCUGCUGGCCACACCCGGGGCUCUGACGCCGGGCAAUCAGUGCCUGCUCGCGGCCCUUGUGGCCUUAGCAUCAGCCAGUGUGACCGUGCUGGCGUGGUGAGUCCCCGGGACCCCGGAGUCCCAGCCUCCGGCUCUCUCCUUAUUCAGACUGGGACGUUUGGGUUUCUCAGCCCCUCCUCCCUCAGAUCCGGAACUCCGAGUCUCCAGCUCCCUCUUACUCAGGAGUCAUAACCCCCCGCCCCUGGCUUCUCAGAUCCAAGAGCCCAAGCCCUAUCACCCGCCUUUGGAACCUAGGCUCCAGGACCCAAACUUCUGGUCCCCAGCCUCUUUCCCCGCCACAUACUAACAUCUCCUUGUUUCCCCAGGAUGUUUUUUCGAUGGUACUGCAGCGGCAACUAACAAAGGUAUCUCUUCUUAUCCUAUUUUCAUCCUUAAAAUAAAGAAUCUAUUUUGGCUCUCUAGAUUAUUUCAUCGUUGCAAGUGAUCGCUGCAAACCACUUAGGGGGAAGGGCGGCAUAUGCCCAGGUGCACAUGCCCCCAUAAUGAUGGUGAGAGGCACAGCUGUGGCAGCGCAGGGCCCUGUGCUGAGGGCUUUAGGUGCACGCCCAGGCCCCUCCCCAGAUUUCCGGCAGUGUCCUGGACGUUUACGCCUGCAUCAGUCACCCUCAAAUAAAGACCUUCAUGUCGCCCCAAAAGCCUGAUCCUCCCUCAAAACUUUCUUGCUGUCGUCAAGGGCGUCACCAUCCACCCAGCUGCUCGACUGGAAGCCUAAGUUGUAUUUAAUUUCUCCUCCAUGUCUCAGCCUAUUUCCAAGUCUCAGCCUUUUCAUAUAUAAUUCCUAAAUAUCUCAUGGAGUUGCUCCCUCUCUGUGGUCCACCACCAUCUCGUCUGGGUCUCCGCAGCAGUAUUCACACUGGUCUCCCUGGCUGAGAGUGGGCUCAGCCUUGUCCCAGUGCGAUCCAUUCUCCACGAAGCAGCCAGAGUGUUCUUGUUUUGUUUUUUGGCUACUUUGGCUAAGGUUUUAAUUUUUUUAAUUAAUUUUUAUUGGAGUACAGUUGAUUUAUGGUGUCGGUUAGUUUCUGCUGCCCAGCGAAGUGAAUCAGUUAUACAUAUACACAUAUCCACUCUGUUUUAGGUUCUUUCCCCAUAUAUGUCAUUACAGAGUAUUGAGUAAAGUUCCCUGUGCUGUACAGUAGGUUCUUAUGAGUUAUCUCUUUUAUAUAUAGUAGUGUGUAUAUGUCAGUUCCAAUCCUUGGAGUGAUAUUCUAAAGUUUGUCAGGUCAGGUCACUCCUCUGUUCAGAACCCUUCAGUGGCUCACUAUUGCCACUGGGCCAAAAUCCACCUCCCCUCAAGGUCUCCAAAGCACCCCCUCUAUUCACCAUUCUUCUUCUUGUUCUAUCUAGGAUCUAGGGUACAUACUAUUUUCUUCCUAGAAUAAUGUUUCUUCUCCUUUUUGUCUAGUUAACUCAGUUAUGAUUUCCCCUGAACCGCCUUUAUGUUCAUUAACUUAUUUGAUCCUCAGGACAACUCUGUGGGCAGGCACUAUGUUGGUGUGCCUGACUUCCCUUCUCUAUUACCCUCCUCUUUACUCUCUAACCCACUGGGCUUCUUUGCAGGUCCCUGGAACAUACAAAGCUCAGUCCUGCCCCUGGGCCUUUGCAUUUGGGCCUUCCUACUUGAAAUGAGAUUACUCUGAUCCUCACGAAGCCACCUCCUUCUCACUUCACAGGUCUCAGCUCAGAUGACACCUCUGAUUACUCCCCUCCUCCCACAUGAUACCCCCCCCCCAUUUUUUUUUUUUUAAAUUUUUUUGUGUGACUGGCUUGUGGGAUCUUAUUUCCCUGACCAGGGAUUGAAUCUGGGCCCUUGGCAGUGAAAGCUUGGAGUCCUAACCACUGGGUAGCCUGGAAAAUCACGACAUCCCCCAAUUUUAGCUUGCACACAGCAUGCACUCAGACCUGAUGUAAACUUAUUUUUUAAUUUGGUUUUGUGGCUUCCCCACCUAAAAGGUAAGCUCCCUCAUAGUGUUCUUCACCAGUAUGUUCCCUUUCACUGAUUCAUUUCAAUCAGAAAAUAUUUACUGAGCAUUUAUUAUGUGUCAGGCAUUUUCAAGGCACUGUAAACACAACAAUGAAGAAAUCAGAACAGACAAAAAUCUGCACCCUCAAGACAGGCGCAGGGGAUUAAGAGAUACAAACUAUUAUGUGCCUGUUAGUUGCUCAGUUGUGUUCGGCUCUUUGGGACCCCGUGGUCUGUCCAUGGAAUUCUCCAGACAAGAAUACUAGAGUGGGUUGCCAUUCCCUUCUCCAGGGGAUCCUCCUGACUCAGGGAUCAAAUUCAGGUCUCCUGCAUUGCAGGCAGAUUCUUUACCAUCUGAGCUACCAAGGGCUAAUGGAUUAUGUUCCUGAGAAUCCUUAACUAAGGAUAACACUGUCUUUGCUUAAUGGAAUAGGAAUUCCUGGAAAGCAGACUCAGACUCUUAAUAGCUUCUUAAUACUUUGCAAAUAGUAUUUGCAAACCUGACAAUGUGUGUGGAAUUGAAUGGGAACUUGGUAAAUGUGUUUUGUGGUUGACUGACUGAAUCAAAGAAUGAUUUAAGUGAAAUGACAGUGUCCAGCACAUAGUAGGUGCUCCAUAGUACCUGAAUGAGGAGUUGAGAAAUUCCACCUUCAAAACAACCCCAUCCCACGGCAUUCCUAUCCCUGUUUUCCAAAGAGGGCGUCCAGGCUAAAAGGAAGGAGGGUAUCCUGUCCAGUUUCAAACAGGCUCCUCUGUCCAUGGAAUUUUCCAGGCAAGAAUACUGGAGCAGGUUGCCCUUUCCUUCUGCAAGGGACCUUCCAAACCCAGGGAUCGAACCUGUCUCCUGAGUCGCCUGCAUUGACAGGCAGAUUCUUUAUCACUGUGCCACCUGGGAAGCCCCAAGACCCAGCCAGGAGCCCUCAGUUCUCAAUCAUGCAGCACCCCACCCCCCUCGCUUAGUUCUGGAAAAGAAAAAAUAAUGGAGGAGAGUAGGCUGAGAAGAAAAUAAAUAAAAUUCUUUAUUAUAUUCUAAUACACAGUACAAAUAAGUAAGAACAGAGAAAUCAGGGGCCCCAGGACAGCCUGUGGGGACCCCUUUCGCCCUGCCCCUAAAAGUCCACACCCUGAUCAAUAAAUACCCCUCCCAAGAG